CUGACGCGGGAGGCGGGGCGGAGCUGCUGCUGCCGCGGGCCCCGAGUGACUCCGGUGGCUUGGAGAGUGAGGCCGAGCCAGAAGGCUGGAGCGCCUGCCCGGCGGAGCUGCUUCGAGGCUGCUGAGAACGAUGGCAAGCGCGUGCAGAAUGAAGCGCAGCCUUUUGGAGAGCCCCGUGGGCAGACUGGAGAUCUCGGCGUGUGAAGCCGGGGUGCACGGAAUAAAGUUUCUGGACAAAAUGGUGGAGAGCGCGGGCAGCAGCCGCUGCGGCGCCCCCUUCUCCGGGGAAGGGCUCGAGGGCCCGGAGCAAACGACCCCCGCGCUGGCCCAGUGCGCCGCCUGGCUGGCGGCCUACUUCUACGCCCCGGAGACCGUGGCGGAGCUCCCCGUGCCCCCCUUCCACCAUCCCCUCUUCCAGCAAGACUCCUUCCGAAGGCGGGUGCUGCGGAAGCUGAUGACGGCGGUGAAAUUGGGCGACACCGUGACCUACGAGCAGCUCGCCGCCCUGGUGGGGAAGAGCGGGGCCGCCAGAGCCGUGGGGGGCGCCAUGAGCGCCAACCCGCUCCCGAUCAUCGUCCCGUGCCACCGAGUGAUCCGCAGCGGCGGAAAGAUCGGCGACUACGCGGGCGGAGCGGGCGCGAAGGAGUGGCUUCUGGGCCACGAGAGGCGCCUGAGAUCCGAGUGGGCCGCGUAGGGCUGCCCCCCGGCCGGGCGGGCGGGGGACGCGGGGAGAAAUGCUUGGGCUUACGCGCAUAGGCUGCGGCAUCCGAGGCCGCGGGCUAGUAGGGGGUGGCACCCUGGCUCGGACAAGCAGGCUGGCUCCCUUCCUGGCAGAGCGAGGCCAGACACCGGCACCUGCUAUCCCCUCGUGUGCAGCCCCGUUUUUGUUCAGCUUUUAAUGCUCAUUAAAGCAAGGACAAGGAAGUAGGAGGGGCCCCGAGCGAGGGGUGCCCUGGCUCAUCAAGGAGGCAGCCGGGAGCCAAAGACCCGGCCGAAGCCGCCACACAUGCCCCUGGUGCCUGCUCUCCGUCGUGUUUGUGCAGAAGCUCCGCCCCACAUUCCCCCUGCUUUCCGUGAGGUUGCCACCCCUCCCUUUGCCGUCCUUCAGAAGGAAAUCGCCGGUAAAUCGCCCCUUCUUGGCUCGGUUUUUCCCGCUUCGGAGAUGCUGAAAACAAUAGCGAUCGAUGGCUUGCUUGUAUUACUAUCGCCAAGACUAGACCUAAGAGCUCUUUAUAAAUUCGAUGAGGCAGGGAGGGGGUAGAUGAGUGCUCGCUUGUUUCUGCUCAUGUCUGUUGCGUUUGAGGUGUUCAGGGUUCAACUUUCUGAGAAAUAAAGCUUUGCAGAAAAAAAAAAA